AUACCCAAAAAGCCAAAGUAAACAGACAAACCAAACUUUUAAUUCGUGAUAGACCCAAUUUAUAUACACCCAAUAACACUUCAAAAACAACACCAUAUCCCACUGUAUUACAAACUCUGCCCCCAAAAUCUCAAUCACUGAAUAACCAUGUCAAAACCUCUCCUUAAUCUCUUCUUUUUAUCCAUUCUCCUUACAAUACUCUCUACAACACUAGCUUAUCAUCACCACCCAAUUCACAAACACCCAAAACCCACCCCAAAUUUCAUAUGGUCAUCAUGUCUUUCUACACGUUACCCUCCACUUUGCUUCCAUAGCCUCAAAAGCUAUGGUAGCAAGAUCGGCCGCAGUCAGCGCCAACUGACGCUGGCUGCGCUAGCAGUUAGCUUAUCCAAGGCUAGAUCAGCCGUUGGAUUUGUUUCUCAAGUAACAAAAGUUAAGGGGAUAAAACGACAUGAACUUGAGGCUGUAAAAGAUUGUAUUGAUACUAUGAGUGAUAGUGUGGAUCAGCUAAGCCAGUCAUUUGAAGAGCUAGCAAAUUUGGGUCAUACCAACGGUGAGGAUUUCAUGUGGCAUAUGAGUAAUGUUCAAACUUGGGUUAGUGCUGCUUUAACUGAUGAAACUACUUGUGUUGAUGGGUUUAGUGAUGGUGUUCAUGAAAAUAGUGGGAAGAUUAAAAGUUCAAUUCAAGUUAGGGUUAAUAAUGUUGCCCAAGUUACUAGUAAUGCUCUUGCUUUGGUUAAUAAAUAUGUCGAUAGAUUUAAUGGUCGUGCUUAUCACGUUAAGAGUCCUUAAAUAUUGGAUCUUACAUUAUUUUGUUUGGAAGUGUGUUUUUUAUGAUCAAUUAGUAAUUAUCAAUUGAUCAGCAUCAUUUUCUUAUUCAGUAUAUUUCACUUAUAAAAGCAAUAAUAAGAAUAACUAAAUUCAGAUGUGUAUGAAAGAGUUAUCGGAUGUACUUGUUUUUUAUGUGAGUAAAAUUUAGGUUGUGAGGUGUUAAGUAUAUAUAAUCAAAUGUUUAUCGUAGUGUUUAAAAUUUAAGAUUUUUUUAGGUAAGGUGCUCAAAUCACAAUAAAAAUUGUGAUGUUUUCUAUAAGUUAUAAAGGUUUGUGUUUUUAUGUAAUGAGUAAUUUGAGUUUAAAAUAUCA